GGUCGACCAGAUGGAAGGAAGGAAGGAAAGGAUCUCUCCACGGGCUCAAGUGCGUGAUUAAAGGAUUCUGCAUCAAUAAACAAAUAUAUGAAUCAGAGCUUAUAAUAAAAAAAAGAAGUGGAAUUAUAGGCGCGCCACCGCGUUGCGUGGACGCGGACAAGACACAGCGGCGGUGCGCACUGAAGCAACCAAGUCCCGUCUUUCUCUCUGGAUUUUACUCCUCAUGUUCUUCAAACUCUCGGGGAGGUUCUCUAACUUUUAAGGACAGCGCCUGACUUUUAGGAACCUCCCUCCCCUCCGUGUUUCAAUUAACCCUCUCCCCGGAAAAGUAGAAGAAGCUGUGGACUUGAAGUGGAGGAAGGAAGAUCGUUUUGUUCCUUCCGAGGAGUCCAGGUCGCCGUAGCCGGGGUUUAGGCGUUGGCACCCGGGCAGGGAGUCCCUCGUCAUGGCCGGGGCCAAGCCGGGAGUUCACGCGCUGCAGCUGAAGCCCGUGUCCGUCCACGAAGCGCUGAAGAAGGGCGGCAAAUUCAUCAAAUGGGACGAGGAGCCUAACGGUUCAGCGCCGACACUGGUAAACCUGAAAGUUGAUCCGGAAGGAUUCUUCCUCUACUGGACCGGAGGGACUGGCCUGGAUGUUGAGAUUCUGGACAUCAGCUACAUCAGGGACACCAGAACGGGAAAGUAUGCCAAACAACCAAAGGACCAAAAGAUGCGGGACGUGCUGGGCCUCGGUAAGGGGGAGAACGCAGAAGGGAAGCUGGUAACCAUCGUCUAUGGCAACGACCUGGUCAACAUUUCCUUCCUGAACUUCCAGGCCGUGCAGGAGGAUAUCGCGAAGAUUUGGACAGAUGAGCUCUUCGCUUUGGCCACAAACAUACUUUCCCAGAAUGCAUCGCGGAACACUUUUCUUUUCAAAGCGUACACUAAGUUAAAGCUGCAAGUAACCCAGGAUGGGAAGAUCCCAGUGAAGAAUAUCAUCAAGAUGUUUUCUGAUAAAAAGAGAGUGGAGACGGCUCUGGAGCAGUGUGGCCUCAUCAAUAACAAUAACAGGUCAGAGGGAAUAAAGCCAGAUGAUUUCACCUGGGAUGCCUUCCAGAAGGUUCUUGACACCUUAUGUCUUCGGCCUGACAUACAGAGCAUCUUUGAGGAAAGUGGCUCCAAGAGGAAGCCGUUCAUCUCUCUGGACCAGCUAAUGGACUUCAUCAACCGCAGGCAGAGAGACUCCAGACUAAACGAGGUGCUCUACCCCCCGCUGAAAAGAGACCAAAUCCGACAGAUCAUGGAGAAAUAUGAGACCAAUACCAGCCAGCUGGAGAGAGACCAAAUCAGUUUGCAGGCUUUCAGUCGGUAUCUGGGAGGAGAGGAAAACACCAUCGUACCUCCAGAGAGGCUGGACGUCAUCGAUGACAUGAAUCAACCGCUGUCUCACUACUUUAUCAACUCGUCUCACAACACGUACCUCACAGUGGGUCAGCUGACCGGUCUGUCAUCAGUGGAGAUGUACAGGCAGGUGCUGCUGACCGGUUGUCGCUGUGUUGAGCUGGACUGCUGGAAGGGCCGACCACAAGAUGAGGAGCCCUACAUCACCCAUGGCUUCACCAUGACCACUGAGAUCUCCUUUAAGGAGGUGAUCGAAGCCAUAGCGGAGAGUGCUUUCAAGACCUCGCCAUACCCCGUCAUCCUGUCCUUUGAAAACCACGUCGAUUCAGCAAAGCAGCAGGGUAAGAUGGCGGAGUACUGCAGGACGAUCUUUGGAGACGCGCUGCUCAUCGAUCCUCUGGAGAAAUAUCCACUGAGCCCAGGUCAGCUGCUGCCUUCGCCGCAGGAGUUGAUGGGGAAGAUUCUUAUCAAAAACAAGAAGAAACAUCACCACCACCGACCCUCUGAGGGUGGCAGCAUACGACGCAAAGAGCAGGGGGAGCAGUCUUCACCCCACAACGACUGCCCUCUGACAGAUGAGGGAAGCCAACUCAUGUCCAAUGGGGAGGAAAAGCUGGCUGAAAGGAUGGUGAAAGACUCAGAGCCUCGGAAGUCCAUUGGAGGUGAAGGAGAAAGCGAGGAGGAGGAGGACGACGAGCCAGUGACAGAACUGAAAAAGCCGAACUCUGACGAGGGUACCGCCAGCAGUGAGGCGCACGCCACGGAGGAGAUGUCAAAUCUCGUCAACUACAUCGAACCUGUCAAAUUUAAGGGCUUUCAGUGGGCAGCUGAUAGGAGGAGGUUCUUUGAGAUGUCGUCAUUUGUUGAAACCAAAGGCAUGGAUGCCCUGAAGAGCUCCCCUGUAAAUUUUGUUGAGUACAAUAAGAACCAGCUGAGCCGAAUCUACCCCAAAGGAACGAGAGUGGAAAGCUCCAACUACAUGCCUCAGAUUUUCUGGAACGUCGGAUGCCAGAUGGUGGCGCUAAACUUCCAGACGCUUGACCUUCCAAUGCAGCUGAACGUGGGUGUGUUCGAGUAUAAUGGCCGCAGCGGCUACCUGCUGAAACCAGAGUUCAUGAGAAGGACGGACAAACACUUUGACCCUUUCACAGAAAAUAUAGUGGAUGGAAUAGUCGCCAACACAGUCAAAAUUAAAGUGAUCUCAGGCCAGUUCCUGACAGAUAAGAAGGUGGGUGUGUACGUAGAAGUGGACAUUUUUGGACUUCCAGCUGAUACAAAAAGGAAGUACAGAACCAAAACAUCAAAUGGAAACUCUCUGGAUCCUGUGUGGGAUGAUGAAAUGUUUGUCUUCAACAAGGUGGUCCUCCCUACGCUGGCCUCUCUGAGAAUAGCUGUGUUGGAGGAAAACGGAAAGUUUAUUGGCCACCGGAUUCUCCCUGUUUCAGCCAUUAGACCGGGCUACCAUUAUAUCAACCUGAAGAAUGAGCUAAACCAGCCGCUCAUGCUGCCGUCCCUUCUGGUUUACACUGAAGCUCAGGACUACAUCCCUAAUCAACACCAGGAGUAUGCAGAAGCUCUCACCAACCCUAUUAAGUACAUCAGUGAGCAGCACAAGAGAGAGACACAGCUUGCUAGUCUCUUAGAAGAAAACAAUGAUGUGAGACAGCUUCUCACCAAUCAGCCUAAAGAGAGUGAGAUCAAGAAACCGACUGAAAUCAUUCCUGGAGGUCGACUCCCCUCCUCUUUCCAAUCCUCCCAUCACUCCAUAACUGACGAGUCCCCUGAAAUCCUCAAGUUACCUGCACCAGCACCAGCUCUGAAGGAGGACCUCAUAGCUACUGUCCUGACAGAUAUCCAGGUUCAUUCUGUAGAGGAUCUAAAGCAGGAGAAAAAAUACGAGAAGCUGAUUAAAAGCCAGAGAAAAGAACUCAAAGAGCUGCGUAAGAAACACUUGAAGAAGGUACAAACAGAUGUGUCUAAUCUGAGUAAGGAGCUGAAGAGCAAAAACACCCAGCUUCAUUCUGACACCCAGAGGAGACGCAGCCAGAUUGAGAAAAACCUCAAACGUAGUAUCAAGAAAAAUGAGUCCCAGGAACAUGCACAGAGUGAGCUGUCUGCGUUGGAUGAGGAGCUUGAGAAGCAGAAGAAUCAGCUGAGGGAUAUGCACAUGGAGAAACUCCUAAAACUUCGUGAAGAGCUCUUCAUAGUUGAAAAAGAGAAGCAAAAAACACACUUGCAUGAGGCUUACCAGAAGUUAAAGGAGAUAGCCAAAGAAUGCCAAGAGGCUCAGGUGAAGAAAGUGAAGGAGAUGUGUGACAAGGAGAAGAAAGAGCUCCAGAAGAUCCUGGACAGGAAACGACAAAACAGCAUCAGCGAAGCCAAGAACCGUGAAAAAGACAAGGCUGAAUCGGAACUGAAUGAGAUUAACAGGAAACAUAUUCAAGAUUCUGUCUCCUUAAUCCGUGGGCUGGAGGAGGCGCAGGCCAGGAGAGAAGAGAAGCUGCUGAUGAGACAUCGGGAGGUGCAAAAACACAUAGAUGAGGAGUUUCCACAGCUUCAGUCUCAGUUGGAUCAGGAUCUAGAGGAGGAGUAUCGGCAGCUACCCGAGGAAAUCUGCCAGCACCUACAAAUAGAGCUCCAAAACAAAUCUCUCCGAAAGGACAAGCUGUCCAAUCAUAGCAGUCCCAGUACAGGCUCGGGCCCACCCUCCAACUGCUCCACGCCCUCAUCAACGCCCAGUCGGAGCACUUGGAACAGGAGCAUGGACAAUAGCACCACCUCUCUGGCCGAUUCCACUUCGUCGUCCACUACCCCCGUCCUGUCAGAGGCAGAGAUGUCGUUCAGUUAAAAUUUUUACUACUUCAAAGGAAUAUACAUACAUUCAACAGGGGUCUAUAAUGAUUAUAAUGUGGGAUGGUAAUGAUGUAGAAUAUUUACUAAUUUUAUUCUUUUUUUUAAAAUCCAGACUGUUUUGGUCUCAUCUACAGAGCUAUAUUAUUUUUUAUUUUGCUGUUUUUGACAAAAGACAUGGAUUUUGUUGGAAUAAUUCAUUAGAAUCAUAACCAGAGUUAUGUUUUAUUGUUUUUUGUUUUUUUUUGCCCCCCUUGGUAUUUGUAAAUUUUGCUUUUAAUAUCACAUCCUUUCCGACCACCCCACCCCGCCAUCACUUCCAUUUUUGUGUGGUCAGUGAUCUUUCGUUCAAGCUUAUAAUGACUUUAACCUCUUUUGGACAUUUCUGGAAAGCUUUAACCUGUGCAGAGAGAGGGGUGUAGUUAUAAACCACAUAUCUUGUCGUCUUGAGCAGCUGACAGUGAUGGCAAAGGUAAUUCUCACUACAAAUUUGAUCAGCAUUACUUUGUGACAUCUUUAUCUUCUUCAGACAGAUGAGGGGGAAAAUUCAAAGACAGUCAAAGGAGAUUUUUUUUUUCCUAUCUUUCUCAAUUGUUAUAAAAAUGUAAAGAGUAUCAAGAGGGGAAAAGUAGGAAAAGAGGGAUUUUAAACCUGAUUUAUAGAGCUUAACUUUUAGCUGUAAUGACAGCAGCUGACCACCAAGCGGGGCUAGAGCUUUAAUUUUUUUUAUUUUUCUUUUAAUUGGUGAUUUGAGCUGCCUGCACAUGUGGCCUGAUAAUCCUAUUAGAUUGCACCCCAACACACACAUGCGUGCGCAUACACACCUGGAUUUGCAGUGUCAUUGGCUGGGAUGAAGUCUCUGUCCUUUAACCUUCAAUCAAAUUGCAGCCAAUGGGCAAGGGGCAGGGGAGGAGGGGACAUGAGCAGACAUCCAUCUGGCUACAAAUUAUGAGGGGUUUUGGUGAUGCAACACUCACUUUCUAAAACAUGUAGGCGUCUCUCUCUUCUCACACACACACACUCGCAUGCGCUCACAUACACAGUUUAUUGGUUCAGAAGCCCAAAGUCUCUAAAAUCCUCAUCCCAUCCAGUCUGCUCCAUACAGACAUGUAUUUAACACACAAUAGGGACAAUCCUCAGUAAUUUUCCAAACAUCAGAGAUUACUAAACUCCACAAGGGAAUUCGUGUGUGUGUGUGUGUGUGUGUGUGUGUGUGUGUGUGUGUGUGUGUGUGUGUGUGUGUGUGUGUGUGUGUGUGUGUGUUUGUGUGGGCAGAAGUUAAUCUCUUGAUGAGGCAUCUGCUUUUGGGGACAGUAAUACUUCCUACUAAAUUGAGAGAGUGUGUGUGUAUGUGUGUGUGUGCAUUUCUGUUGGUGCGGUUAGUUUGCCACUUUGGCGGUCUGGCGAAGGAUGUCAAAAGCUAAAGUAGCAUCACUACUGUAGAAGGCAGUUUUCUGAUGAUGGCCCAAAGCUGCACUAUGAUAUCUUAAUGUAAAAAUGCAUGUCCUUCUUUUUUUUUUUUUUUUAAUUUUUGGUAAAAUGCAUAGAAGCAUGCCUUUCCCUUACAAUUAAGGCUCAGUAUUAGUGUGGUAUUAAUUAUUUUAUGCUGCUUAAACUUCACUAAAGCCUCAAAAAUCCCACUAGCACGUUUCCAUUUUUUUUUAAAAGUGGACAUGAGAAUGGUACAUAUAGAUUGUAUGUUAUGUUAAAUAUGCCCUUCCCACACAGUUUCUUCAGUGUGCUGGAUAGCCAAAAAUGGUGUGUGGGAUUGUCAUGCACAAACUGAAUGGUACAUAUAAGUUAAGUAUCAGUUUCUCUCUACCAAAGCUCCAAAAAUCCCUGUUUUGCUGUGUAUAUAUAUUUUUUCUUUUUUUGGCAAUUUAGCAGCAGCAGCCUUUGUUUGAUUUCUUUUCUCAUCCACAUCCAAGAGGGAAAUGAUGGUACUUUGUGUAUGCAUACUGUGUAGGUAUUUAGCUGUAUGUGAAUUUUACUACUGACCACAAGUGCUGGUGAAAGAUGGAAGUCAGAGAGGUCAGAGUCAGCUGAGGGUUUCAAUUGAAUGUUUUCUCAAAGAAAAUAAUUUUUUAGAUGAUAUUUUGGGCGUCCUGUCUUGUCCUCUCCUACCUCUGUCCUUCAAUGAGCACUGGCUGCCUGCCUGUCUGUCUGAUUACCCCCUUCACACACACAUGUAAUCUAUUAUCUUUUGAAACUGAAUUUCAACAACUUUUUUUGUUUUCUUGUGAUUAAUUGAUGGAAAACGGUGUCCAUUCAGGCUGCUGAAAAAUGAAAAUCUUCAUAUCAAGUCCCCAUCACAGACUCAGUAUGUGUGUUGUUUUUGUUUGGCAUUUUAAAGUACCUGACAAUUUAAUGGCACUCUUUGUCCCACAAACGGAAAUCUUUGAAGCCAAAAGCCGAUUUGAUUUUGUUGGUGUUGCAUAUAGGUCAACAGCAGGACAGCCGUGACAACCUCUUGAGCUCUGAUAAUUCCCUGUCCCAUGCUGCAUGGAGUGUACCUAGAUGUGCGUGCCUACUUGUCUACAGUGUGUUAAAGACUCUGAGCCUUUAUUUUCUGCAGUGGUCUCAGAGGUGAAACUCUCACCAGUCUCAAAAUGUUUAUUUGCCAAAAAUAUCGACAUACUACUUGCAGGCAGUCUGCUUUAAAAGUUAGCUUGGUCAAAGUCAUUUAAUUCAGUACACUUUAUAGUGCCAAAUCACAGCACAAAUCAUCUCAGGGGCCUUUACACAUUAAUAUCAAAAUCCUAUAAUAUAGUAGAGGGAAAAACUCAACCACCGUAAGCGCUGGGUGACAGUGGCGAAGAAAAAAACCCCCUUUUAACAGGAACGAACCUUCAGGUUGACCACGCCCUUUGAGGCUGGCCAUCUGCCUCAGCUCGUUGGCGUUGAAGGGAGAGCGAAGAGAGAAAAGAGCACUGAGAAACAACAGUCAACACAUUCCAAGUCCAGUUAACACUACCUACUGUCCUUGAACGUGAAAAAGUCAUAACUAUCAGGUACUCGAGGUUUUUCCAUUUUUUAUUAUUGCGCAAAACAAACAUCCCAUUUUUCAUCUCUUCAUGUUUAAAUGCACUUUUACUCUGUUUUAUGUGUAAUUAAAAACAUUUAGUUCCUGUGACGCCGACAUCAAUGCAACUACUAACUAAGGAUUUUACUUUUUGUGUAUCAGCAGUUGUUUAUUUUGUGUACAUUUGUGAAUUGACAACAGAAAGGUUUUCCUCUUUGCACUUUGGACUUGGAUUUUUGUACUGUUUUCAUUAAGAGAAGCUUCUUUUUCUGUUUUUGGAUGGAACUUGUCAUCAUAUACUAAAUGAUAGUUUUUAGAUUUCUAAAAUUUAGUGAGAAAUCAUUCAACAAAAAAAAAAAAUUGAAGCAGAUCUGAGAAUUUUUUUUUUUUUUUUUUUGUGGAAUAGUGUACUAAUGAAACUCUUCUUUGCUUUAAUGUGUGAGGAAAAAAUUUUAAGAAUCGUAUCUGUAUGGAAAAUGCAAGCCCAUAAGUAGGCUACUUAUACAAAUAUAGUAUUUCAAAUGAAUUUCUUUGCCAGGCUUUUGAUAUGUGGACUCUUACUCUACUGUAGAAAUGCAUGUUGUCAGUUCUAGAUGGCUGUCAGUGGCGUUACAGUUGAUGUACAGUGUCUUUGUAGGUGAGCUAAGACAAAGGUGAUAAAACAGUUUACAGGUCUAACGGACAGCAAUUUAUUUGACCUAAAUUGAUGUGCUCACUUGCUGAGGCUAUGGGAUAAAGAGGAUGAGUCCAGUCUUCUUAAUAUGAUUGUAGCGUAUGUAUAUAUGUCUGUAUGUACCCUCAGGUGGGGCCAACUUUACGUAAACAUCGUCACACAUACAGCGAUUAUUACAUCUACAUAUUUUUUUUUAAACCUUUAUUAAAAAUCCAAAUUCUUCAGAUUUUCAUUAUCCCCUGCAAAUGCAAUGUUAAGUUCUCCGUUUGAGUUUAACAUGUCACGUUCCACGCGCGUCACCCGUACAUAACUAAACGCUCACCAAAAUUUGUAUCCAUUUUGUUUGAGUCACCACUAAACACGAAAUGAACAAUUUGAAAAAGCGUCUCAUGCCCUUUGUGAUUUAACGUGAAAUGACUGUGAUGACAUUUUGCUAGUUUGGCCUAUAGUAGGCGGGGGGCAUCUGGUGGCUCUCGCACUGUAUAGUGUAAAUCUCAAAAGAACAGAUGGUUACAGUAGCUGGCUAAUUAAUCAGGAAGUUAUAAAUCACAAAUCUGUGGUGUGUGACCUGUUAACCUUUUAAAUGUGAUGCAUAAAAUUAUGUUACUCUGGUGACUGUCAAAUUUUUUUCACUACUUCCAGUUUGAGUAAACACAUAAACGGGAAUAAAUGACGUUCCCAUAGGGCUCAGCUAAACCUUGUGUUUACUGCCAGUUUAUUAAUAUUGCUAGUCAUAAAGCGUUUCUGCUAAGAAAUCAGUUGUUAGCAUGACAAUAUUAGCAUUUAGCCCAAAGCAUUCCUGUGUCGAUUACAGUCUGGCCUCUAGAUUAGACAUUUAAUUUAUAGUCAGAUGAAAAUAAUACUAGGUUACCACUGAAAUUAAUUUAUUUGGUCUUACUUUAUGCUAAAGGAUUAGCAUUUUUUUUAUUAGUCAUAGGGUUACUAGAGUCAAUACUUUGAUUAGAUUUUCUGUAAACGUGUUAAAAAAGUCACGAGUCUUAAAUUAUAACUAUUUUCAGGAUCUUUAAUGGUUUCCAUUCUGAACAUUGGCACUGUUCUAGUUGAAUGUAUCCAUAUGUUUAGGCAGCUUUGGCGGUCCGUGUGCUAGUGCUGUUAGCGACUUUCCUUCCCACCAGCACAGAGCCUGGGGGGGCUUUGAGCUUUAACCUUUUGUUUCUGUCCUGCUUACCUCAUAAAAUCUCAUUCAGACACACACACAUACCAUUGUAUUCUGACACAAACACAUCAACGUAACAUUGGACACUAUGUUCACUUCAGCAUCACACACAAACACUCCUUGAUUUUAGUCUUCAUGGACAUUUGGUGUGACAAGGCUCCCUCAGGCCGGCCCUACGGCCUCUGGCUAUCAUGCCCCCCCCCCGAUAGUGGAAGACAGCAUGUGAUAUAUUAUACAAGAUGUGUAGCCAGUCUUGUUGACACUGUAUAUGUAGUAUAUGACUGUCAGAUAUAAAGGGAAAACUACACAAUGAUCUGGAUGUAAUACUAUAUUGUUUCUUCAUAACUGAUUAUAAGACUGAGCAUUCAGUAAUAAACUUCUAACCUCCUGUCAUGGAGCUUAACCUUU